UUUAUUAUCACGAUGCACGUCCGACCUCACCUCUCUUCUUCUUCUUCUUCUUUUGCUUCUUCUUUUUGACAGUUCUUUCUUCCCCAUACCCCUUACUCGAGAAUCUUGUUUUCUCCUCGGAUCUGAUUCGCCUCCACUAGUACUGUGCAGGUCACGGUGCCUGGUUUCCACACUUCACGAAUGCUCUGUCGCUUCUCUUCAUCUCACUAUCCUUAAAUCCCUCGAAAUGGGUCGUCUCCCUGAUAAAUUGCUCUUCACCAAGCGGCGCUUACGGCCGCGCAUCGUCAUCUCAUACAUCCUAGACUAUGUAAUCCUCAUUGCAUGUAUCGCCGGCUUCUACAUCAUCGACUCCAUCGAGCCCUACCACCAGCAUUUCUCCCUGAGGAACAUCUCCCUCCAAUAUCCCUACGCCGUUCACGAGCGCAUCUCCAUCAACGGGGCACUGAUCGUCUCCGGCAUCAUCCCGCUGGCCAUCAUCGCCGUCUACACCCUCCUACUCGAUGGCUUGUUUUCCCACCACAAGCCCACCAGCCCCAUGUCCGGGAAGAGGAAGCUGAUGGGCCCCUACCGGUUGAAGGACCGCCUGUGGGAGUUCAACUGCGGUUUCUUGGGCCUCUUGUUGUCGCAGGCCGUCGCCUUCGUCAUCACCCAGGGUCUGAAGAGUGCCUGUGGGAAACCCCGGCCUGAUAUCAUUGAUCGCUGCAAGCCUCGCGAGGGAAGUGUGGACCUGAUCCCCGGUCUGUCCAACUACACCAUCUGUACCGGCGAUCCCCACAUCAUCAAGGAUGGCUUUCGGUCGUGGCCCUCUGGCCAUAGUAGCUCAUCCUUCGCCGGCCUAUUCUACCUGACACUCUGGCUCAGCGGAAAGCUGCACCUUUGGGACAACCGGGGCGAAGUCUGGAAAAUGGCCAUCAUCGUCGCGCCCUGCAUUGGCGCCACGUUGGUCGCCGUGAGCCGCAUCAUGGACGCGCGCCACCACCCCUUCGACGUGAUCACGGGCUCCCUUCUGGGCGUCGUCUGCGCCUUCCUUUCUUACCGCCAGUAUUUCCCGCCGCUGUCGGAGCCCUGGAAGAAGGGACGCGCGCAUCCGAUCCGCUCGUGGGGCUCCGAGCCUGUCGCGCCCUACGCACCCAGCGAGAGUACUGCCGCCCUCCGGAACCCAGACGACGAGCGCAUGGACGCGCCAGGCCUGGCAGUGACGAGCGGGCCGACAACGACCGGACUCAGUGCGCCCACCUACGCGACCGGAUCCAACCCCUACCCAGGAUCCAACCCAUACACGACGUCCAACCCCUACGCAGACCCCCACGCGGCGAACGUAUACCACCACCGGUCGCGCGGCGACGACGGGAACUGGUCCUCAUCCAGCGAAGACGACGUCGCAGACGGCUACGAGAUGCAACACGGCUACAACCGACCUCAGAACCCAGGGUUGGACGGCUCAUUGCCGCGGUACGCCGCCGACACGGCCUACCCAGGCCCGCAGUCGACGGCAUCGGGGAUGGGGGCGGGCAUGGGCAUGGGGAUAUCGCAUGCGGCACCACGCUCGAUGACGACGACGCCGGAACAUCUGCACGGGGGACGGACGGUGACGGACGUACCAGGUCGGAAUGUGUAGAUUGUCUAUUUGUUUGAUAGAUUGUUUUGGUUACUGCCACGACGUGACGAUAUUUGAUUUGACAUGGGUUUGAUUUGACAUGGGUUUGAUUUGACAUGGGUUUGAUUUGACAUG